AGCGACUUGCUACAACGCGAUGUUCAAAGUGGUUUGCUACAAUGCGAUGUGAAGAGUGACUUGCUACAAUGCGAUGUGAAAAGUAACUUGCUACAAUAUGAUGUUCAAAGUGGUUUGCUACAAUGCGAUGUGAAAAGUGACUUGCUACAAUACGAUGUGAAGAGUGACUUGCUACAAUACGAUAUGAAGAGUGAUUUGCUACAACGCGAUGUUCAAAGUGGUUUGCUACAAUGCGAUGUGAAAAGUGACUUGCUACAAUGCGAUGUUCAAAGUGACUUGCUACAAUACGAUGUGAAGAGUGACUUGCUACAAUACGAUAUGAAGAGUGACUUGCUACAACGCGAUGUUCAAAGUGGUUUGCUACAAUGCGAUGUGAAGAGUGACUUGCUACAAUGCGAUGUGAAAAGUAACUUGCUACAAUAUGAUGUUUAA